CAGGUUCCACGACCGAUGACUUGCAAAACUAACAAUCGGAAAGUGUUCGGCGUUUGUUUAAGAAGUGAUUUGAGACAACAGACGGUAGUUUAACUGCUUACGAAGGACUAGAUCGUUCCUGGAAGAGACAUGGCCACCCGACGGGCGCUUCGGCUGCAUGUAGCGGGGGUAGGCGGGGUGUUGUCCCGAAGAAGUUUUCAGCCUUCAGCGGCACCUUUGAAUUCAUUUCUUCCUCGUCAGCGUCAAAUUUCUUUGGUUCAGAGAAUGUAUCUGAGUACUGCAACACAAACUUCCCCAAAACACGUGACUGAGAAAGUCUCCACACCGACGGAGAAAGGUGCAGUUACGGGGAAAGACGCCAGAGGGACAGCCAACCUCCUGAAUGUUCUGCAUCCAGACCAUCGUCCAGACCUGGCACACUUCAGAACGGGUUUGGGGAAGCCUGAUGACAUGGAUGUGAAAGAUGAUGGCACCAUGGGACAACACACAUUACCUCACCCUAUCUGGACAGAAGAAGAAGUGAACAAAGUGGUGAUCACCCAUACUCCUCCACAGACCUUCACAGACAAGUUGGCAUAUGGGACUGUGAAGUUCAUGCGAUGGAACUUUGACCUGUUUUCAGGCUUCAAAUAUGGGAAGAGAACAGAGAGAAAAUGGCUUCAGCGUAUCAUCUUCCUGGAGACUGUGGCGGGCGUUCCCGGGAUGGUAGCCGCCAUGACACGUCAUCUGCAUUCACUCCGACGGCUGAAGAGAGACCACGGAUGGAUCCACACAUUACUGGAGGAGGCAGAGAAUGAGAGAAUGCACCUGAUGACAGCCUUACAGCUGAAACAGCCGUCUGCAGUCUUCAGGGGAUGUGUCAUUUUUGCGCAAGGAACGUUUGUGACGCUGUUCUCAGCUGCGUACCUGCUCAAUCCUAAGUUCUGUCAUCGGUUUGUGGGGUACCUGGAGGAGGAGGCAGUCAAAACAUACACAAAGUGUCUGGAGGACUUUGACAGCGGCCGUCUGCCCCUGUGGUCUAACAUGGAAGCCCCUCCACUGGCUAAGAGAUACUGGAGUCUGCCUCACGAUGCGAUGAUGAGAGAUGUCAUCCUGGCCAUCCGUGCUGACGAAGCUCAUCACCGAUUGGUCAAUCACACACUGAGCGACCUUGACAAGGACGACCCCAACCCUUUCCAGCCUGGAAAGUGAAACAUCCAAUCGUCACCCUUGUAACAAUUGUGUUUGUUUCUCUCUCUUCAAGGACUACAAUGCUUUAAAAAAAGAAUCGAAAGAAGAAAAAAACCCUUUUUUAGAAUUGUUUCGCUGAAUGUCGUUGAAAGGCGACAAGAGAAACAGUAUUAAUGUCGACAUGGAACUUGAAUUACCAAGUUCUUGAUGUUAUACUUUGUACUGCAGUACUGAGUUCAAAGUAAGGUGGCUCUUUUAAACUGUCAGUUGUGUAUAGAUUUGAAUGGGGUAUAUCCAAUUUGUAUAAUGUUAUCCAACUAGUCUUGUAAAGUCUGCCAAAGUAUCUUUGUGGUAUAUAAAUCAUAUAAUACUAUAUACACUAUGUGUACUAUACAAGUUGGUGACUGUAUUUUAUCAGUAAUAUUCUUUUACAAUUACAUAAUGUGAAAGUUGCUGUUUAGCAGUGAUAGAAUCUAUCAAAAAUAGGCUUUGCACUGUAACUCUGUUUGUGAUAACAAGAACAUUAAUUUGCA